AUGGAGUUUCGCAGAAUCCAAAGAGGUUUGGUAGAUCACCAAGGCGAUAGAGCAUUGCGCAACCGCCUCGUAGUGGCAUGCUCUGGGAUUACAGAACUUGAGUUCGCCCUAUAUCGACCUGCAGAGACUUUCGAAGGUGUCUUAAACAACAUGUACGGUGCUCUAGAUCAGAAAUCUCUGUCAAACCCAUCGUCUCAAUAUCACCAACAAGUGAACUACCCUGACCAUAAAAAUUCAAAUGGCAUCCACAUGGCUGACCGCCACUAUAACACCGCACUAGACUUCGGCAGGCAAAGAGGCAAAAAUAGAGAAGAAAGGCAGAAAGUAUUUGUCCGAAUUAAGCAACAGUACCCUAUGAAGCCAGACACAGAGAUUAGGCAAUUCGUAAUCGAAGUUGAAGGAGAACGGCCGGAAGAUAGCCUUGACAUAUUUUUGACGGAUUUUGAAUCCCAUUUAGAGACCGGGCCAGAUCACGACUCUGAUGACAAAAUUCUUCAAUCCGGAAACCUUGUUGAAGAAAUUGGUGGUGAGAACGCUGUAGCCUAUUUGAUUGACCAAGCUAUUUUACACUCAUUUACGGCGCCUAGAUUAAAUAUCUUAGAUCAACCAAAAAUACAAAUAAUUCUAGCAAAUUCCGAGAUAUCUGAUUUAUCUGUUUCCAAUGCCACCGUUUUUGAUUUACAAAAAAUUCCUAGUAACGAAAUCAAAUCUUUUGAAUCAACCUAUGCUUUAGGAAACUUAACCACGGACAGAUACAAUGACUGUGUUUUUCACGGAUUACUUGUUGACACUGGCGCUGCAGGGAGGUCUACAGUUGGACUUGGCCAAUUUAGAGGACUCCAACAACUUUGUGGUGAUCUAAAGCUCGACAGGACACAAGCUGGCAAAGUCAACAUAUCUGGAAUCGGUGCAGGCAUAUUCUCAUCGAUCGGCGCAGUUGUCCUUAAUACACCUAUUUGCCAGAUUUCAUUUCAUCUUUUACCUUGUAAUAUUCCUUUUCUUCUUGGGCUAAGCGACAUGAAACGUUUUGGAGCAACGCCGGAUGUUGUAAAUAACAAGAUGCUUAAGCAUGGAAAGACUGUUGCGCAUCUCUUUGAAAAGUACGGCCAUCUUUGGAUGACUUUGGGAUACUUCGAAACUCUCUUUGUAUACGAGAACAAUGAACCUCCAAUGUGUCUACUAACCGAGCAGGAGUUACGAACCAUUCAUUGUCGAUGGGGACACCCCUCCGCUACAAGGAUGUGGAAAGUACUACAAAGAGCAGGUCACAAUGCCGAAUUUCAAACAAUCCAUUGCCUAACCAAGUUUUGUCGAGAUUGUCAAUUAGACGCAAACAGGCCCCUCCGAUUUAAAUUUGCGCUAAGAAAAGACAACAAAUUCAAUCAUACAAUGUAUGUUGACAUCAUCUACUUGGAGGAUGGUCCGUGUAUGCAUGUAAUUGAUGCUGCUACCGCUUUUACAGCAGCUGAAUGGCUCACAGGAACCAAUAAAGAAGCAGCUGAGGAAGCUUGGAACGCUAUUCGGCGAUGCUGGAUAGAUGUUUACAUUGGACCGCCAGAGCAUAUUAUUCAUGAUGCUGGAAAGAAUUUUGCGUCUUCAGGAUUCCGAAGAAACCCAUUAGAAUCAAAAAUUGAGAUUACAGAAGUCCCAAUUGAAGCACACAACUCUGUUGGCAAGAUUGGAAGAGCACACAAGCCACUUUGUCGCGCUUAUACCAUUUUCAAAACGCAGUUCUCAGGGCAGGGUCUUAGUUGCCAUACAAUUUUAAAAAUGGCAGUCAAGGCUUGUAACAAUACAGCUGGGCCAGACGGGCUCAUACCUACUCUUUGUGCACUUGGAGCCUACCCCCGACUAACCUGGAAUGACCCACCAUCACCAGCCGCAAUUCAAAAAGCAGAGAGCCUAAGACUAGCCAUGAAAGAACUCCGCAGAUAUAAGGCAAGUCAGUUGGUAGAUCAAGCUGCUCACAUGAGAAAUGGCCCGAAUAAUGCGCAUCUUGAAGAAGUUCCUAUAGGUGGUCUUGUGAGAGUUUGGCGUGAAGCCAAGAAUAAGAGAGGAGAAUGGACAGGUCCUUGGAUGUUGAUUGAUAAGAAUCAGGAGAUAGUUACUGUUCGCAUAAAUGAAGAAAACGUCAAUUUCCGUUCCACAGUAGUUUCUAAAUGGUAUGAUGAAAGCAGUUGCAUCCAGAAUAAUCAGAAUCCUAAUACGCCGAGCAUCAAUAAUUCUGAACCCCAACAGGUCGCACGGGGAACACAAUCCACGGUACUUCCACUUCGUAGAAGUAGCCGGAAAGGAAGAUUCGAAGGCAGACAUCAGUUUAACUCGAGUGUAAAUGACAAUCUCAAGAAGUCCCACAUAUUCCUUUCACUUCAGGAAGAAGAAGAGAUCCGUUUAUCAGCCUAUUUUCGCGCUAAAGGAUUAAUUACCUCCCCUGGUGAACCAUUUGAAGAAUCGACGAAGAAAGAAAUAAAAGGUCUUCUUGAUCAAGGCGUCUUUGAAUUUCAACCUUGGAAUAAGAGUUUGGUGGGAAGUCGGAUAUUUAAGUCAAGAAUUGUUAAGGUUGUUAAAGGAAAAGACACUCUGGCACCAUACAAAAAGUCAAGACUGUUUGUGCAAGCCUUUAACGACCCAGACAAGGAGAUGUUAUUGAUGCAUUUACCAACAGUACAGCGAGCAAGUGUUAGGUCACUACUUUCAAUUACUCCUUUUAUGAUUAAGCACAACGGAUUUAAGUUGAUACUGCGAGACAUUCAACAGGCAUACAUACAAUCUAAGACACCACUGUUAAGGGAACUCUUCUGCUGGCCAUCUCCGGAAAUCAUCAAGACAAUGAAUCUGCAAGAGAAAACUGUGAUGAAGAUCCUAAAACCUCUGUAUGGAAUUUCAGAAAGUGGUAAUCACUGGUUUGGGACCUGGACUAAGCAUCUAAGAGAGAUGCUUAGUAUGAAACCUUCUUGUUAUGACCCAUGUUUACUCAUAACUACCAACAGACCCUCGAUCUUCGGUGCCACAGCCCUACAGGUUGACGACACACUCUACUUGGGAACUGAUAAAUUUGUCACUCUUGAAGAUGCUAAGCUCAAAGAAUCCAACAUUAAAGCUAAGCCAAUUGACACUCUUAGCGAAGAUAAUCUGCUUUAUUUCAAUGGUCUUACAAUCUUGAUCAAAGACGGAGCCCUAUACGUACAGUCUCGUGGACAAGGGAAAAAGAUCACGCUUAUUGAUCCCAAAGAUCCCAAUUGUUUUGCAAAAUAUAGAAAAAUGCAAUCACUUGGUGCAUGGAUUGCCUCAAACUGCCAGCCACUUGUUUCUUUCUUACUGUCAAGAGUCGCACAGCAUCAGAAUCCGGGAAUAGAAGAGGUAAAGGAACUGUGUGUUGCCCUCCAAAUCCAACAAGAAAACCCAGAUUCAGGGUUGAGAUAUGUUGACCUAAAAAUGACGAACGGCCUCGGGCUCUACGCUUGGGUAGAUGAUUCUCUUGCCAAUAACAAGGACUUGACAUCACAGAUCGGAUUUGUUAUAGCAAUUGGCAACGAAAUUUGA